GGCUCCGUCGAGGCCUUCGUGAAGGGAUGGCGGCUUCGUGCCCUCCCUCAGCCCCCAGCACGGGGGGUUCCGUCCCGCAGGGAUCCCGCCUGCAGCUGGGAGCUGGUUGUAGAGUCCCCGAGGAGGCCGGUCGGCCGUUUUCUCACGUUCAGUUCCCUCCUUUCUGGGGGGUUCACCGGCCGGCGCCGGCCGCGCAGCCCCGCAGUGGGGAUGUGCUGAACCAGAGGCUGGCUGUGGGCAGGGAGCUGUGCUCUGAGACGCGCCUCGCCUUUCCAGAGAAGCCCCUGGAGCCGGUCGCCCCCGUUGUGCCCCCAGCAUCAUGCGUCCGCAUGCACGCAGACCCCCGCAUCCGGGUCCUCAUCUCAACGACAAGGGAGAACUACCCCUGUCCUGAUGUGUCCCCCCAGAGACCUGCCCUUCCCAAAGCCCAGGAGUGGAGCGAUAAUGUUCUUUGUGGAGACAGAGAGAAAAUAAGGCUCCCUCCGUCUGUCUACACCUUCUCAUAUCCAGCACACGAGAUCCAGCCUGUUGCCAGGGCACGGCAUGUGUACAGGGGAUGUCCUAUUAAAGGGGAUGGACGAUCCUAUUACCACACUUCUUAUCAAGCACAGUUUAAAGGUGAAUGGAGUCCACCAGUAAAGCCAAGUGAAAAGCACAUGUCUCGUAUUAAAUUUGGGGAUCCAAGAAGCAGUGGAUCUGUGAGUGAGCAGAAACAUGCCUACACUGUUCCAGACAAGAGAAAGCACAGGGUCUACGACAAGGAGCGUGCUGUCUUCCAGAUCCACCACACAAACCUGCAGCUAGGGGAUGGUUGCACCAGAUUUUCCACGUCAAUGUCAGAACUCUUCCCAGUACACAAUCUAGAGCCUGUAGCUGUUGCUCGUCCAAACAGAAAUGCCUCAUCCAUCCCCAAAGGCGACGAAGAUCCUGAGAACCUUGCACUAGCAAGAAUGACUACGACACAGUUCUUCUACCCAGAGACUGGCAGGUGGAACUUCUCACCAAAGCCUGACUUGCUACUGCAGAAACACCAAAGCAGCAUCUGCUUAGGAGCUGACCGUUCAGGCUCCUGUUACUUCAGCACAACGCAGCAGUCAGACUACCAGCCACCACACCAGACCCAGAGGGUGACAGGAGGCAAGAAUCAACGUGAUAGCCACAUCCCCUUCAACUACCACAAUGAAAGUCCUGUCACAACCACGCAGGCCAUGCUGGUCCCACACAGACAGCAGAAACGACAACUCUCUGAAGACAUGCUACAGCAGAUGAAAUGCUCACACUUGGUGCUACCCUGGAGGGCGCAGGACCUCUUCAGCACAGAGCAGAAGGAUGCGUUCACACCUAAGUACAGAGGCCCAGCAGAAAUCCAAACGGGAGACUCCCAAGUGAGCCGUGUCCCACUGGGGACCCUGAAAGGAUACUGCCCCCGGAGGAAGGUGGUCUUCGCACCAUGACGUUCCCCCUUUCUCACUGACUGCCCGGGACUUCCUGGGCUAUUGACUGCCUCUGUGUUGUUUUACCUAGCUCUUCUGGUGCCCUGCUUUUGGCCCACCUGUGUGUUAUUACAGGUAACAUUUAUUUCAAGAGUUGAAUGAGGACACAAAGUGUUGUGACAACAAGAAUAAACAUCUGGGGAUCAGCCCAAA